AUGUUGCCAGCCGGUGUUAUCUUGGUGUUCGUCCUUGUCGGAUUGGCUGCCCUUGCCAUCUUCUCCACUGUUAUCUACAAGAAGAUGCAAGCUAGAAAGCAGGGCUUGCAGAAGUUCUAA